AUGAAGAAAGUUACUAUGAAAGCACAGCAUCUACCUUCUGUUUCCAUCAAUGAGGAUAAGUUCAUAACCAGAGAGCAGCUCAGUUUUCUGCUAAGGACUUACAACUCUUACUAUUCUGACCAAGAAAAUCUGCAGCUGUCACAUAAUCAGCAAGAUGGAGGAAAACCAUUUAUUGAAGGGAUCUUGUCAAUAUUCUGGGGAGUCCGGCAUCCUAUCCGAUUAAAAAUCCAGGAUGAGAAGCAGAUACCCUCUUUUGUAACCCUGAAGUCAACGGAGAGUGCGGGUGUGUUCCCUAGUAAAAGGGGGAUGACACGCUGGGGAGAAUUUGAUGAUCUACAUCACAUUAGCGGGGAGACAGUGAAAUCUACUGAAGAGCCGCUAGACCUUGAGACAAGUUCCUCACAUUACAAAAGCCAGAUUCUGAAGGCUGGGAGUGAGCAAGAACAUGACUGUGCCACCCUUCCCAGGGCUGUCAGCAGCGCUGCGGCCGCGUGCAGGAGGACCAGGCUUCCCACCGUGGCCCGGACAGAGGUGGAAACUCACAGGUUUUCCAUCAACGGCCACUUCUACAACUACGAGACAUCGGUUUUUACUCCAGCUUUUGGAUCAGAAACCAAAAUAAGAAUCAACAGCCAGAUGAGAACUGGACAAGUAAUAGAACAACUGCUCCGGAAGUUUAAGAUAGAGAACAGCCCACAUGAAUUUGCACUUUAUAUUAUCCACGCAUCAGGAGAAAAGAAGCAGCUGAGGAGUGGAGACAUUCCCUUGCUGCACAGACUGCUGCAGGGCCCCUCGGAGAAGAUCGCCAAGUUCUUUCUCAUGGACAAGGACGUGGAAGAGAUCAGCAGUGAUGUUGCUCAGUAUAUCAAAUUUCAUCUUCCCUUUCUGGAAUCAAUUCUGCACAGAAUAAAUGAAGAAGAAGAGCAGGAGAUUCAACAGACCAUUGCAAGGUACCUAAAAGAGAAGAGCAUGAUCUACCAGCAGCUUCACAGCCGAACUGUUAAGAAAACAGAGACCAUGGUUUGA